UGCAGUCGGUCGGGAUGUGGCAUCCGUAGUUAGUUACCGGAUCAUUACCUGUCCGUGCACUGCCAUGGACGCGAGGCACGGCGGCGGUGGCUGCUGCAUCUGUAUCCUCAUCACCUCAGCGAGUCAGCGCUUCGGCCGCCCGGACCUUCGAGAGAGCGGCGGAGUGUUUUUCAGAGAAUAGCACGCAAGAGGAGAGGCUGGUGUCUCUGGAGGGAGAGCCGAGCCGAGUACCCCCCCGGGUGAGGAGAGGCGGCUGUGUGUCGGGGAAGGGAAGCCCUGGUCCCGCGGGGAGGUGACGAAUCUGCACCCGGGCAAUAGUUGCGACCAACCCCCCACCCACCCACCCACCCCUCGAAAAGGUACUAAGCAGGGGCGAGAAGGAUGCAGUUGUUUUGAGAUGAUCUUUCACUGAUAAACAUCUGCCAAAGGCCUGGUGACCAAGCCAGGGCAGAUUGCAUUCCCUCAAAAUGAGUAAAUCUCGGAGCUUCCAAUUCUGUGGCAUUAUGGUCUGUGUGUUUGUGAUUCUGUUAAUCAUAUUUUAUUGGGAUGAUGUUGGAACAGCUCAUUUCUAUUUGCGCACUGCUUUCAUGCGAAUUCAGGCCACGCAUCUUCCAGCCAUGAAAAACCAAAACCAUGACCAUUCAAACUCCAAAAAGACAGCAGGAGAGAGAAUAACUAGUUCCGAGGCUACUAUUAUUCAGGAUGAUCUGGAAUUAACAUAUUUGGAAAAUAUAAAAGGGGAAGAAAGCUCCCCCAAAAUGAAACAAGCCUUCAAUGAAAUAUCUCAGCCUAAACUUGAGGAAAAGGUCAAAAGCUUUGAGUUGGGAAUCAAUUCUGGGAAAACCAGCAGUGAAAUGCAACAGAUACAGGAUGAGAGGAAGCAAAAAAUUGAAGAUGCUUGUACAGACUCCAGUAUUAUGUUCUCAGGAAAAAAUAGGAAUUUUGAAGAUAUUCCAAAUGGAGAAUUGGACCAUCUAAUUGUGGAUGACCGGCAUGGGAUUAUUUACUGUUAUGUACCAAAAGUAGCCUGCACUAAUUGGAAACGGAUCAUGAUUCUAUUAAGUCAAAGUCUUUUAAAGCAAGGCAUUCCAUAUCAUGACCCACUUGAAAUCCCCAGGAACUUUGUACACCGCUCCACCAGCCAUUCCACCUUUAGCCAUUUUUGGAAACGCUAUGGAAAAUUCUCAAAACAGUUGAUGAAGAUCAGACUGAAAAAGUACACCAAGUUUCUCUUUGUGCGUGAUCCUUUUGUAAGACUGAUUUCUGCAUUUCGCAGCAAGUUUGCUGUUCAGAAUGAUGAUUUUUACAGACAAUUUGCAAAGCAAAUGCUCCAACUGUAUGCUAAUUAUUCCAACCUGCCACAAACUGUCAAUGAAGCUUUCUCUGCAGGAAUCAAGCCCACCUUUAUUAACUUCAUUCAAUAUUUGUUGGAUCCUCAGACUGAGAAGGAGAUGCCUUUUAAUGAACACUGGCGACAGGUAUAUAGACUGUGUCACCCAUGUCAAAUAAAUUAUGAUUUUAUUGGAAAAUUAGAGAGUUUGGAUGAGGAUGCCAGUUACUUACUUAAAUUGCUGAAGGUUGAAAAGCUUGUUCAGUUUCCAUCCAGUUCACGGAAUCAGACACUUGCCAGUUGGGAACAUGACUGGUUUGCAAAAAUUCCAGUGGCUUGGAGGAGAAAGCUGUAUGAAAUUUACAAGCCUGACUUUGUUAUCUUUGGUUAUCCGGAACCAACACAUUUAUUACUUGACUGAUCUCAAUGAUGCACUAAUUGCCUUAAAGUAAAUAAGUAUCCAAUUAAUGCCUCAUAUAACUCCUUGAUUGACCUCCUCUUGCUAAAAACAAGUUGAAAUUUUAGUGAUUGUUCUGCUAUCAUAGCAUAUUGAUUGUGACAUAUAACAUUUCUCCCCUGGCCUCAUAAUCUCCAACCAUAACAAAUAUUAUAUUUGACAGCUGUCCUCAUCAAAGGAUAGUCAUAAAAUCAGUCUCAUAAUCCUGGAUUUUGUAUUCUGUAUCUGCUAAACUGCCAUAUGGUGGAAUGAAAACAAUUGGUAUUUAACAUGAUCCUUGCCGUAACAGUAGGAUCCUUACUGUUUUGAGCUGUUUGAUGUUAAUGACUCCCUAGCAAUUGAUGAAAAAUCUGAAGGAAUCUUUCUAGUGCUCUUUGGAUUUGGGUUGUUAGAAUCAUCAUCAGGAAAAUACUGGGAGAACAGUGUCAGCUUUAUCAAUGUCUGCUUAUUGUUGUGAUUUUGAUUUUAUUUUUUAAAUUUCCUCCUACAAUAUAGAAACUUAGAAAAUCAAGGGUUGGGAUCACCAACUCAUUUGGUUAACUUGCUUUUGUACCUGCUCCUUUUCUGAUGUCCCGUAUAAUACUCUUUGACCCUUCCCUGUGUUACUCUUAAAAUGAGGUCUAAUACUGCCCAUCUUUUCAUGUCCUUAAUGUAGUUGCUACAACAAAUACACGGUGAUCUCUUAUGGGUAAAAUUGAGAUCCUUCAGAGCAUACAGUGCAAUAUUGGGUUAAUUCUAAAUUUAACCCUACUUAUAGGCAAUUAUUUAAGUUCUACUAAACAUAAGGGGUUCAAACAAUGCUAUUUGUAGCCAUUGUACUAGGGAAAUAAUUAAAUCAAAGUUAUGUGCCUUGUAUUAUCCCACUGUAGUAAAUAUAUUUUGCACACACUUCAGAUGGUGUCACAUUUAAGUAAGUUGAGCUACUGACCCUAGUCAAUAAGGUCAUAGAAAAGUGUCAAAAUAUUGACUAAUGGAAAUUAUUCAUUUAUGGGACAAAGCAAUAGAUUGACAAUUACAGAAGUGACGAUGAUCAGGUAAGGAUUUUUUUUCGCACAGUCAAGUUGUUUGUAUAGUUUAAAAGAUAGUUAUUAUGGGAAUAAAAAUUAGAAAAUUAUUUUGUGUACUACAGUUUUGUUCUUCCUAAUUUGGAAGCUGUCUUAAGCAAGGAUAGUUUUAGCCUUGGAAAUCCUGUUAAUUUGGAGCUCUGUUCCAUUCCUAUUAAUUAUAUAAUGACAACCAUGAUUUUAGCAGAGAAUGGCUGGUCUUAUGAAUUAGGCUGGAGAAUAUACAGAAGGUUAUCAAGGGAAACUUAAGUAUUUAAAAAGGGAGGGAAAAAAAGAGUUCAAAGUGAACAGAGGCCUUUUAAAGACUAAGGCUGGGAAAAUUAUAAUAGGGAAUAAGGAAAUGGCAGAGGAGCUAAAUGGAUACUUUGUCUCAGUCUUUAUGGCAGGAUAUACUACUUGUAAUACUAGGGGAGGAAUUAAAUACCAUCACAAUUACUAGAGAAUUGAUAUUAGACAAACUAUUGGGUUAAAAGGGUAAGCCCUCUGGACCUGGUCAUUUGCAUCCUAGGAUCCUAAAAGAAGUGCUAUGGUUUUAAUCUUCCAAAAAACCUUAUAUUCCAAAGAAAUACCAGAGGAAUGGAAAACUACCAAUAUGAUGCCCUUACUCAAUAAGGAUGAUAGGCAAAAUAUGGUUAAAGAUCAAUUAGCCUAACAUGUAUUAUAGGAAAAAUGCUAAAAUUAUUCAUUAAAGUGGUAACAACAGAACAUUUGGCAAGUCAUUAAUCUAAAUGAGCUGAUUUGGCAUAGCUUCAUAAAGGGGAAAUCAUGUAUGACAGUUAUCAAAGUUCUUUGAGGAAGUAUCAACCAAAGUUGAUAUAGUGGAAAGAGUAGAUUUAAAAUAUUUAAAUUUCCAAAAAGCAUUUGGCAAGUUGUGACAGAAGAUCACUUUAAGAGCUCAUGGAGGCAAUUUAUUAGUAUGGAUUAAAAAUAGAAAAUGUUGGAAACAUUCAGCAAGUUAGACAGCAUGUUUCAGGUUUGGAACACUCAGAAGUGGGGAAGGAGAAGUACAAGGUAGUUUUCAAUGGCAGAGAAGGUGGGAGAGGAUGGGUAGAACAAAGGGAGCAUCUCUGGAAGGGUGAGGCCAAAUGGAUUGAUGGGGGCAGUUAAAGUAGCAAAUACAUUAUGCUGCUUUGUGUAACAAAUAGUUAAUAGUGAGGCUGUGGGAUAUGCCAGCAGACCAAGCUAUAUGAAUCAAAAACAAAAUGGCCACAAUGAUGACAGAUAGAAAUGGCCAGUUCUCAAACAGAAAGGAAGGGUAAUUUACCUAAAGUUGGAGAAUUCUAUAUUAAGUUCAGAGGCUGCAAUAUGCCUAGAUGAAAAUGAGGUGUUAAUCCUCAAGCUUGCUUUGAGCCUUGUAACAAUGCAUAAAGCCACAAACAGAAAGGUCAGAGUGGGAUGGUGAAUUAAAUGGCAGGUAACCAGAAGCUCAGGGUCACUAUUGCGGACUGAAUGCAGGUGCUGUGCAAAGUGAUCACCCAAUCUGCAUUGGGUUUCUCCAAUGUAGAGGGCACCAAAUAGUGAACACCAAAUGCAGUAAACUAGAUUGGAAUGUACAUUUGCACUUAUAAUACCACCUUCCUUGUUCUUUCAAUAGAGCAACGGAGUGAUUUGGAAAUAAUUACUAUUGGUGUACUGAAAGCAUGGCACCUAAUUUGUGCACGGUUCUUGCAUACACUGAUGUAAUUGAUCAUAUUUAGUAAUGUUGAGUAAGGGGCAAGUAUUGGCCAGGACAGCAGACACAACCUCCCUGCUCUUUUUGGAAUAGUGUUGUGGCAUUUAUUUUCAUUAAAAAUCCACUGUAGAUGGGCCUUUGGCUCACUGUCUCAUCUGGAACACACUACUGCUAAAGAAGUUCAGUACAAUUCCCUCAGUUCUGCACUGGGGUGUCAAUGUAGGCUAUUGUGCUGAAUGACUAGACCUGGACUUGAAUUCAAAACCUUCUGUCUUGGGUCACACUAUUGUCAACUGGGUCAUACACAUGUAUCCAGAGUCUGCAAAUUAUGUAUGUUUUUCAAAACAUGGCAGUUUCAGAUGUAACUACUACAUGUUGUCAAUCCAUCAGACUCUCCAUGGAAAAGGAGGGCUGCCAUUUUUUUCCAUACACAAGCACAAACUGACUUCAGAAUACACAACCAUUUUAAGCUUACAAUACAUUUAAAUUGUCUGCUGCACAAUUCUGGCUUUGAGAAAAGAGUUCUUAAACUAUGGGCCCUUGAGAUUGAAAAUAUAUAAAACAAGAGGAUGUUUACAGAUUACCUUUUGUAUGUGAGGGAUGGGGUUGCUGAGGAAGAAAGGUAUGCUUUAUACAGAAAGUAAGCCCAGGCAUCUGCUUAUAUAACUAUUGCUUCAUAACUGCAAUCAACUUUUCCCUUGAAGUAUUCUUGAAGUUAAAAAUGCCUCCACUCCAAUGUCACCAAUAAACUCAUGCUUCACACUUUCAAUUAGUUGAUGGGCUUCAGAUAUGCAAUUAAAUAUGCUGCAUAUAUUGAAAGUACUACACUAUGUCUUGACCUAUUCACCUGCCUAUAAUUCCAACUGCUGUGUAUGUAAUGCACAUGUACUAUUUGCCAAGGUGGUAUGCAAGCGCAGCCAACAUUUUUCAUUCUGUCUUUUACCCCUUGCAUCUUAAUGAUAUCUUUGCAUUUAGCUAAACUCCAAGGAAGGCUUACAGUAAAAUUUUACAUAGCAGGCUUUGCAUAACUGAAGGCAAUGGGAGUAAAGGGAUAGCAGCUGUUAGACUAUGACGUUGGCUAAGAGACAGAUUGAUCUAUCUCCAAGGGUUGGUAUUAGGUAUUUUUGACUCGUAUAUGACUUUGGGAUUUAAUUUCAAAGUUUAUAGAUGUCAUGCAUCUUGGAAAUCUAAUGAACAGUGAAGGUGGUAAUAUUUUAAGAGGAUGUUGACUGGUGAAAUGUACAAAAUAUGGGAUAUGAAAUUUAAUGUGGACAGUUAUAGUGAUUCAUUAUAAUGAGAAGAAUGUGCAAAGAGAAUGUGAACUAAAUUGGCCAAGUUCAAUCUAUGAAAACUAUUGGAAAAUCUGUACAUGCCUUCAACUUUCCUAUUAACCAUCUGUUCUGAAGAGAACAUUCUCAGCUUUUCAAUAUAACGAAAUCUCUCAUCCCUUAUUGUAAAUCUCUGCUACGCUCUCUAAACCCAUAGCAACCUUCCCAAAAGAGCAAGAAAGUGGGGCAGGCAGAAUGGUGUUGUGCUGUAUCAUUGUAAAAUCAUUUAGUAGUCUGCAUCUCUGAUCUUGUCUUUUUUCCCCGUUUUUUUUUUAUUUUUUGAAUUUCCACAAUUUUGUUUUUUUUUGUAGGGUUGCUAAAUUGAACAUACUUGUUUUCCUCCUAUUUAUUUAAUUCCUCCUAUCUAUUUAAAGAUUUUAAAACAUCCACUUUUUUAACAAGGUUUUUAAAUUGUUCAGGUAGUUGGUGAUAAAAUACAUGUCUAGACCAUGCAAUUGAGUCACUUCACCUAAUUUUUAAUUUUUACAGUGUGGCUAUAUCUCGCAAUCUCAGAAGUAAAGCUUGCAGGCAACUUUAGAUUUAUGGAUGUGAUUGAGGGUCUGUAAAGGCAAAUCAUUAAUUAUUAAAUAAUACUUUUAAUCAUUGCUCCAACCUGUUCAUAGAAAUGUUCCAGCAUUAGAAUAAAUAGAAUUACCGUUAACUUCCUGGAAAAAUGAAGUAUUUUAAAACCAAAAUUAAAUUUAAUGUUUUUUUUAGAAUUUCCAGAUAUUUCAUAAUAUUGUGAUAAAUAGUCUCUAACUAUGAAUCAUUCUGCACACUCCAAGUCAUUGUACUUGUGGCAUUUCCAUAAACCAGAGUAAAAAUGAGUUUACUUUUAUGUUGGGUAUUAAUGUAACUUUGUACUUCAUAUACUUGUUAAAGUGCUGAUAUCUGAUAUGUGAACAUAUUUUUGUAAUUGAUUCAGAGACCAGAUGUUUUUUUUUAAAUUAAACAAGUUUGAGAAUUUGUGCACUUUGGAGAUUAGAAGGUACUUUUCUGGUGCCUGGUCAAUGUGUUACUUGUAUAAUCAUGAAUCUUUUCUCCAUUUGAUGUGAAGUUCCAUCAGUGUUUAAAGACAUGUUUCUAAAAUAAAAAGGGAAGUAUUGGAUCUUUGUGUAAAUUGAACUUUUUCAAGCUUUAAGUAUGUUUUGAUAAUGACAAUGUUCAUGUUAUAAAAUUGCAUGUUUUUUAAAUGUUGUUUUCUUUAAAACAUUCCAUACGUUAUUUAUAAAGUAAGGUGAUCAUAUCUAGGUGAAUGACCACACAUUAAUGGGGAACAUGUCAAAUGGAACUUUUAGAGCAAAUGUAAAAUAAAAACAUGUAAUCUGUAACUUUUUCAAACUGCUAUUUAUAAAUUUUUAUACCUUCAGUAGAAUAGAUCAAGUAUUGACUAUUCGUUUCUUUGGCUUUUACUUCAAAGAUAGCAAAAACUGCUGUUGCUUUUCUUUGGGUUUUGCAUUUCUAUAAAAGUGGGCAAAAAGUGAAAUAUAUAUGCUGUUGUGUAGAUGUUUCUGUAAAGUUUAUUAUUGUUUCACUUGUAGUAAAUUGUGCAAUAAAAUA